AAGCCGGCCUCGCUAAAGAAAGAGCAGACUGGCAUGAAGUUUGGCUUCUUCAGCACACCAUCAUCUCAUUGCCUCUGUUUUCCACAACAUGUCGUCAUUAUGUAAUGAUGGUGCUGUUCUGAGUCACAUGCUUUACACUAUACCUCAAUGUUUAACACAGCUCUAACACUGAAACAACGCUUUUGUUGAUAGGACUGUAGCAAAUUAUGAUGAGAGUAGUUGAAGCAGAACUAUCGUGCUUGCUGAGUCUCAAAGAAAAACACAGCGUUCUUAAAAAACUUAAGAAGCCACUCCAGGUUGUCAGACUAGUUGUUAGUAAGCAGUGUUUUUGUGUGGCGAUCUCUUAUCUCUCAGCUAGUCCUGCAGCUUAAGUCAACAAACAUCAGUGCUGUCUGUACUGCAGGUGCUCGAUAGUUUGGGCUCUCAGGAGUUUGCAGCGUGGUUCAACCCUGCAGGCUCUUUGUCACGUCCUGCUGCAAUUGGGGAGAAGAGUUAGUGUAAGGCCCUCUGCAACAAAGUUUUAGGCAGCUGGUACAUAAUCAGGAUUGACCUGUUGGGGGACGACUACAAACAUGAGCAUGAUUGGUGCAGUAAAGGCAAUAAGUCUUUAACUUAAUUUACAUCAUUCAUUUAAUUUUUCUGUUAUUUCUGAUAAUUCGAUAAGGAUCCUGGAUUCAUUUUUUCUUUUCUUUUUUUUUAUCUGGUGGUCUUAAUGAAAAAUUUUCAUGACGUUGGAACGAGGUAAAAUUUUCCUAAACUAAGCUUUCAUAAACCUCAGUACUUCUGCAUUUGUCAGUAUGUGCUUAAUGAGCAAAGGUCCUUCAGGUGAGUUCACAGCCAAACUAGCUCGUGUUCACAGUGUGUGUGCUGGGAGCUAGCUGGUGUGCUCCAUGUAGCGCUCUCUAUCUCUUUAUCAUUGACCUUUCCACAUUCCACAACCUGCCUCUGGAAGUCAGCCCUCAUUGGCUGCCACACUGCAUGCUUUGUUUGAAGUUGCCGUCGGGAUUGGCAGGUCUGAUGCUCGGCCACAGCUGCCAUCAUGUUUGCCAAAAAGAAGAAGUCUCGUAUCCAGAUCUCAGCUCCGUCCAACUUUGAGCACCGUGUGCACACGGACUUUGACGAGCAGGAGCAGAAGUUUGUCGGGCUGCCGCGGCAAUGGCAGUCACUCAUCGAAGACACGGCGCAGAGGCCCAAACCCUUUAUCGACGCGACUAUCAUCACUACCGUAGAACCGCGAAAGACCAUCGUACGCGGCAGCAGGAUGGGAACAGAGUCUCUAACAUGGCUGCUGGAUGAGUUCGAUACCAUGUCCGUUACUCGCUCCAACUCCCUGCGGCGCGGGAGUCCUCCAACACACCCUCGCAGGGACUCGAGCUCUUCAGGAGGAGGUGGAGGGCAGGAGAACGGAGAUCCUCAACACAGACACUACUCAGACAGACAAGACAGAGACCGACUCAGACAAGACCAGCAGAGCGGGGGUGACCCCCGCCACCAAGGUCAGCGCGGAGUCCGUCCUCCUCAGACAGAUGAGGUGAUCCAGGGCCGCCCCCAACAGCAGCCCCGGGGUCAAGAGCCCAACAGAGCCCAGAGGGACAGACAAGGCCCCCCUCCUCCCCCUCACAGAGACAGACAGCCUCGGGACAGAGACCAGGAUCAUGGGGCUCAGCGGGAUCAGCCUGGUGACCACAGGCCAAAGUCCAGCUAUGUGGCACGGGACAGCAGUCCUCAGUCUCCCAGAGACAAGAGGCCUCUCUCAGGACCCAACAUACGCACCCCAAAUCUGCCAAUGUCUGAGGGAGUGAUGAAAACUGCUCAACAAGCCACACGGCCGUUUAACACAUACCCGCGGACAGAGAGCGAUGGCGGGCGCAGCCCCACUGGACAGGUGAGUCGACACCAUGAGUCCUCACCUCAGAACGGCCCCUCUAGCGGCUCCGUCCGAGGUUCCUCUGGCUCCAAACCCCCUAUAAGCCACCCACACCCUCAUCACUCUUCGCACCCCAUCCUGGCCCCCGAGUCCUCCCAGCUCCCGCACACCCCUCACCCCAACGUUCCAGCCCCACGACCCCCUGUACCCUCUGGGCCCGCUGCAUCGGGUGCUCCUCCUCAGGGCCGCUCACCACAGAGGGAACCCCAGAGAGUUUCCCAUGAGCAGUUCAGGGCGGCACUGCAGAUGGUGGUCGAUCCGGGCGAUCCGCGGACCUACUUGGAUCACUACAUUAAGAUUGGUGAGGGCUCCACAGGGAUUGUGUGUAUCGCUACGAUGAAAACCACAGGAAAACUGGUCGCCGUGAAGAAGAUGGACCUGAGGAAACAACAGCGCAGAGAACUCCUCUUCAACGAGGUGGUGAUCAUGCGGGACUAUCACCAUGAGAACGUGGUGGAGAUGUAUAACAGCUACCUGGUGGGGGAUGAGCUCUGGGUCGUCAUGGAGUUCAUGGAGGGAGGAGCGCUCACUGACAUCGUGACACAUACAAGGAUGAAUGAGGAGCAGAUCGCCACAGUGUGUCUGUCCGUCCUGAAGGCGUUGUCUGUCCUUCACACACAGGGUGUGAUCCAUAGAGACAUAAAGAGCGACUCCAUCCUCCUCACUCAUGACGGACGGGUGAAGCUGUCCGACUUUGGUUUCUGUGCACAGGUGUCUAAGGAAGUGCAGAGAAGGAAGUCUCUGGUUGGAACUCCAUACUGGAUGGCACCAGAGCUCAUAUCCAGAUUACCUUACGGACCAGAGGUGGAUAUCUGGUCUCUGGGUAUCAUGGUCAUAGAGAUGGUGGAUGGGGAGCCACCGUACUUCAAUGAGCCGCCACUCAAAGCCAUGAAAAUGAUUCGAGACAACCUGCCACCCAAACUGAAGAAUCUGCACAAGGUCUCCCCUCUGCUCAAAAGCUUCCUGGACCGGAUGUUAGUGCGAGACCCGGCUCAGAGGGCCACCGCCAGCGAGCUUCUCAAGCACCCGUUCCUGUCGAAGGGGGGGCCGCCGUCCUGCAUCGUGCCUUUGAUGCGGCAGAACAGGAUGAAGUGAGAUAAUACGCGCCACUAAGACGCCUGGACUCUGGAGAUGGUGUUACAGGAUACUCCUGCACACACAGGAGUGACCCUCAGAGGUCACAGACAGGAGACGUGAAAACAGGGUGUGCAGGAGUAUCCUCUGAGUCACUGAACUGCGAGAGUGAAUUCCAUAAAACAAACAGAGGCAAUAAGGUGGAGUGUUUGUGUGUUUCAUACAUGUGUGUGUGAGCAGCAGAGGAGCCUCCUGUAAACACUUUUACCUGAAGAGCCUCAAUUGGAAAGAUUAAGAACUGUGGAUCUUUUUUUCCUCCUAUCUGUGGCCCUUACCUGGAUUCGAGGUGUGAAGGUGAGGUUUUGCACACCAGUCUGAUGCUUUGAAGGAGCUGAGAGCCCAUUGGCUGAUUUUUAACAUCACUAUUGGACAAUCUGUAAGCCGAUUUUCGUUCUUUCGUUUUUUUUUCCCUGCAUUCGGAGACUGUCCUCAUCACAGCCAGAACUUACUACUGAGAGAGGAGAUCUUGUGGCUCCGACUUUAUUCUGUAGCCUUAAAAACACUAAUUUCCUGUCGUAAACAAGCAAACGUACACUAAGUGAAAAAGUAAACACUGGAGUCGUGGUUUCAGAUGAAUUUUCUUCUUCUUUUUCUCCUGAAGUACAAUGAACAUAGAGAGCUAUAUCACUUGUGAUGUUAUACUAUCUGUUUUGUGAUUGUUUUAUUGUUGUUGUAAAGUGUUUCCUGGUUUAUUUUAGAGUGAGAUGUGGUGAUUUUGUUUCUUAAGCACUGUUGAUGAGAGAUAGAAGCUGCACUCCCAGUUUGAUUUUGUUUUGUAGAGAAAGACCACAUACAGCACACACAGCCCCUUAAACCUGGGUCUGAGUGUCUGAGUCACCCCCUGGGUUUGGUUGAUUUUCACUCGUGUUUUUAGAACAGUAGGGUUUAAACACUCAACGCUCACUCGACAAACUAGAAAACGAGCCUGACUUGCUGCUCGUUGGCCCGUCACUGAGCUGUUUUUAUUCUGUGGUCCUUUCAUGUCUUUGUCCAAAGUUUCCAGCUGCUGACAUUGUUCCUCUGCUCGUUUCGUGUUUGAUUGCCACUUUGAGUCCACUCUGAAAUAAGACAAUACCAGGUCUCUGUCACGCAGAGGCUUUUAUUUAUAGGACGAUGUUAACACUACUCCACCUCACAAACAGAAGUGUCAGCCAUGAUUAAGAAAAGCAGCUUCGUUGUCGAUGAGCUGUGCUGCUCACGCUCCAGCGGAGAGUGUGUCUGUUGGAGAUGUAACACUUGUGUGAAAAUCUGCGUCCAGCUGCUAAUAAUGUAGAGAUGGUUAAAAACUAAAGGAAGCACGAGACCUGAGGCACAGAUCUACCCUUUAAGGGACAGGUUACCAAAAUCAGGCUUGUUCAUUUUUUCCUCUGGACUUUUGGUGCGAGUUGUGCUGUUUUGGAGAUAUCAGCCUUUGCUUUAAUAUAAUUCAACUAAAUGGUUAUUAAAGUGCUGCAGAGCUUGCCAUCAUUUUACCCGGUUACUCAAACGAACAGUUUGUUUCAUGGGGGAACUGUUUUUUUUCCAGUGAAUAGAAGCAUGUGGCCUGCUAUCGUUACAGCUCAGCCGAGAGGGAGGACAUUAAUGUUGUGGUGCAGCGUCUGUUUAUUCAGCUCUUUGGCUGCACAGAGAGAGGAACUGUGCAAAUUCAACCAGCACACAUGCUUUGGAGUGUUUGCGGCCCUCUAAAAAGCCAACGGGGUUGGGUCAGAUGCUGAUUGGUUGAUAAUCUGACACAGUAAGAGAAGAGAACAGCAAUAAAGUUCCUCGCAAAGAGGAAGAAAUGCAACCAAAAGAAACUGACGAAAGUGGAAAGUUUUCAUUCUUUUUAACACUCAGUUUAGCGACAGAGAAGAAAGAGAGAGGGUGUGUAUUUUGACUUCUGUCACCUAAAAACAGUCAGCUGCUGGAGCAACAACAGCACUGAGUUUACCAUAUUUUUUGGCACCACUCCCUGGUAACAGUACAAGUUUCAAUAUGUAAAUGUGGACCUGCAAGCUCUGCUGGUGCACGACCAUUAGCCUCUCGACACGGGCCGCUUACACUUCCUCCUGGAGAAUGAUACGCUUUCAGAUGUGGUUUGGUUGAGAGAAAAUAGUUCCUGCAUGAAAAUUCUUGGUUUUUGUAUAAGGGCACUUUUGUUGAGCUUAUCGUGCUUUCAGGACUAUUUAGUUCCACAAUUUUCUAAAUCCAUGUUCUCCAAACCUGCACAACUCGCACCAAAACAAUCUAAGUGGGUAAAGAGCUCUGAUGGGUAGAAGAAGAAUAUGGAAAUGUGAUUUUUUUUUUUUUUUUCCGGCCUGCCCUUCCUCUUUUAAUUUUCUUGCAGCUCAUAGAAAUCAUAACCGUUACCAAAUGAUGACGACUCAAGUCCCAAAUUCCUCCUUAGGCGGCUGAAAUCGACUGACAGUAUCACAGUUUGGUAAAAACAAACUAAAACCUAAAUAUGAAAAAAAAAUCGCGAUCUCUUUAGUUUCAGUGAAAUAUCAAAGUAACCCGAGGAUUGGGCUGUCUACACAACCACAUUACAGCAAACUGAAACAUGCAGACCACUCAGGAAACUGAUUUUAAAUGAAGAAUUUUUAAAUAAAUAAAGAUAUAAACUAAUAAAUGAAAACUACUUAUAAUAGUUCAGUUUGAUUUUUCUUUUUUUUUUUUUUUUCCUUUUUUUGGGGGGGGGGUAUGCUUCUGCCCUGGCAAUCCUAAGAUCAGUAAACAGAAGUCAUUCCAUGAAAACUUCCGUUCUUCCCGCCUGACCUGCUCAGAAUCAGCUGGUUUUUCUUCAUGUACAAUAACUUUAGUAUAUUUCAUGAAGCCGUGCAUAAUUUUGCCUUCAUGCUGUGAAAGCUUUUUCGUCGCAGACCAUCAAGAGUACAAAACUUUGCACUUUUAAUGAAGAGCAAGCCUCUGUUAGGGGCUGUAACUCUGAAAGUAUGAAGGUAAAAUGUUGCACAGCUUCAUUCCAUAAACUGAAGUUGGUGUAAAAAAAAGCAGUCAGCUGAUUCUGAGGGGGUCAGGCUGACAUUUUCAGACUUAACUACCCGUCUGAGAUCUGUGCAGUGUGUGACUGUGAGCAGUCGUUCUUAGAACGAUGGAAGGAAAGCUGCUUCUGCUGUGAUCCAGCGCCCUGCAGGGAGACGGAUAAACAACCUGCAGACGCAUUCCUAUCUCGGCCUGUUUCCAUUCCUUCUUUGUCUUCCAGUUCAGCCUCCACAUCCGACCAGAACUCGGUCAGGUGGCUUUUUAUAAACUGCCAACCCAGAAUACUUCCAAUCGAUGGACACAGGGAAACAUGUAGCACACUUACAGGUGCCUUCUGCUUUUUGGAAACACUCCUGGAGGUGUAUGACUGGGUGGCCUUUAGCACAUUUACUGUACUUGACAUAAAUGUAUUGUUAACCAUGCUGACGCAGCAGCUCUCUAACUGAUAUAUUUGAAGCUUUGUACAAAGAGCAGCAGCACAGAGUAGAAGCACGUCAAAGCAGGAAGUAGGUUUUAGUUCAAGCUCAUUGUUUCCUAACAUUGUUUAUCAUUUCUGCAAAGCACAGCUAGCUGCGGUUUGAAGAUGGUUAAAAUGACACCCUCUUUUCCAGCUGCGCAGGACUGCUGGAGUAUUUUGCAAGUCCAAAAUAACACAGGGUGCAGUUCAUCCUCCAUCUGAGAAGAGCUGUUUUAGCUCCACCCCCUGUAACCCAACUAACUUCUGAUUAAGAAUAAUUUUUUAACCAAUCAUUUCAUUCACUAUCCAGCUCAGUGUUCGAGGCUGUCCCACUUUAAUAGGACGAGAAACGGGGAACAGAUGUGACAGUUUGGAUGACUAUUUGACUGCUCAGUGAAAAAAUAGUUUUAAAUUAUACACGCCUUCCCUUUUUUUUAGCAAUAGACUGUAUAUAAAAGAUGUCUGACUGUGCAUAAACUGGAUAAUCGGCAUCUGACUCUAAAAAUGAAAUCUUUACAAAAAAGACCUCUAUACAGAGUAGCUGCCCCCUUUUGGACAUUUAGAAGAACGCAGGUGUAAAGCUUUGUUUUUGACACUGGAUCGCUUCUGUGGUUUUUAUCAGAUGUGACAUCAGUGAGCCUUUAUUCUGUUUGCCAAUAACAACAAUAAAAGAAGACAACCUGCUCCUGGUGUCCAGGCGGCAGACCAGUAGAGCCUCCGCACUGAUGCUGACGUGUCCAACUCCUUAUGAGGUCCUCUAAUCUUUAACAAACCCCAGCUUUAAAAACAAACAAACAAAAACAACAGCUUAUACAACCCUGGUGAUUUUCCUUUGGUUGGAGGCCAAAACGUGUUUGGAAGCAGCUGCUCGAUAUUUGAAACUUUGGCCUUGUUUUCAGGGAUUUUUCCAGUCUUAAAACGAGCGUUUACGCACGUGAGAACAUGUCAGCAGGGUCUGCGUUACCUUCACUGGUAGAAAUGUGUGAUUUCAGCUUACUUAAGACCAUUUCAUUAACAAAAACAGUACGCCUGUGUUAACUACGCCCUGGUUUUCUUUGGCACAGGCUAAAACCUGGAAUUUCUGCAGGUUUAAUAUCAAGUAAAGCAGAACCGACCCUGCUUUCGUGAAGCAGGCUGAAGGAUUUCUCAGUGAGAGCAGCAUCACCCCGCACAGUUUCACGGUUUUUCUUCUGUGGUUACAUUGAAGAUGCAGACUCCGUUAGGCGGCACCUUAACCUCGGGGAAAAGCUUUCUUUCAGCCGCUUUAACCUCUGAUCGUGUAAUAAUGUGUUGAAUUUUUAGCUUCAGGCGCUCAGCACUGAUGUGCCCAUGCCUUCCUGCAGUUUUUCAUAAAAGUGGAGGCGGAAAAAGAAUAAUUUCCACCCCAUGAAAACGUGCGUUACGAUAUUUUCCAUGCCCGGGUUUCAAUCUGCAUGUUUUUGUGCCACCACAGGAUGAACGUAGGUUAAUUGUAAACCUCGUCCCUGCCGCUCUUUUUUUUUUUCCUUCCUCUUCAGAAGCAUCCGCUCAGUUGAAACGUCUCGCAGGCGUUUUGUACUUUGUCUUCUUGGCAGCUUCCCAGGCUGUAAAUUAUCAUCUGGAUGUUCUGUGGUGAAAAGUGGAGCAGGCUGGUAAUGAGUCACCGAGCGCAAAAGGCGAAUGAAAUGCCGGACUGGAUGACAAUCUUUAUUUAGUGAUUGAAACACUCUGAACUUCGCUGUUCUCUGUUUUGUGUAUCGAUCCCAGAUCAGCCUCUAAAUUCAGCUUUAAACUGCACGUUUUCACACUGAUUAACACGAAGACUGGCCUCCUGCUAAUGCCGCUGAUUCUUGUUGGGUUUUUAUUGGCUGUGUUUCCUGCUGAACUUUGUUAAUCUGUUAUAAGUUGCUGGUUAAAAUGACUGGAUCAUACUGGGGGCACUGGAAAAGCAGAAUAAGAGUCCAACUCUUAAUUGUUUGUUUUGAAGCCACAUCAGCCCCAAUAUUAAAACCACUUAAACCUCGUCCCUCAUCCUGGGCAGCUCUGGUCUGUCUGGGCAGGAGGCUUUUUUUUCAGAUAGCCAGUGGAAAUAGAACCUUUUAUAUCGAUUUAGAGUAGGACUGCAUGUCUGGCAGCAGUUCUUUGGGGUCUCUGUGGAUCAGGCACCGGGCCGGCUCAGCUUUUAACACAUCAGAAGGUCAUGGGUUUAAACCCUGGCUGUUUGCUUGCUCUUCCAAUGCCUCCUAGGGUUUCUCUGGAAGAACAGUGUAGGCUUUCAUCUUCCACAUAGAGACAGGGGAGGACAUCCAGGAGGCUUCCCCAGCAGGAGAGCCUCGUUCACCUGUUCAGCCAAAACCCGUGACCAAGCGUGGAUCCGCUGAACCACAAAAGCUGCACACGGUCGUAGCUUCUGCCCUCAUUUCUCUUUCUCCUUCUCCUUAACUCCUCCAGUCUGUUUUUCUGUGUAAAAUGUCUCACCUGCCUGUCCUCCACGCUUCAUCGUGCCUUUCACACACUUUCAUCAAUGAUAAAAAACUGAAAAACAAUAGCAGCAGUCAGAAUCGCUCUCGUUUCAUGGAUGAGUCGCUGCUCCACACGUGCACUCAUUCCAGCGAGUGCAGGAGGCGACAUCAGCAUCAAAUUGUAGUGAAGAAGAUUAAAUGUAAAUAUUAAUUUAAAAAUAUUGAUUGAAUGAAUUGAUGCAAAAACAAGAUUCUCCCAACACUGAGAAACCUGUGAGAGACGGCAGCUGUCGGGGAGCAGGACGUGUUCAGGUCACCUGUGAGAGGUUUGAAUUUUGUGGCUCGUUGACACCUUAACCUAGAUUUACUUUAAUUCGUGCUUUCCGGAUUAAUCGGUCACUUCACUGCCCUCAAAACUGCGAUGCACAGAGAAACUGGCACGCACGAGACCAACGGCUUCAGUCUCGUAAUUUUUAACUUUGUUCUGCAAACGUUUCACGUGUUUUUCUUGCAGUAGAAACGUCUGGUUCGUGAGUCGAACAGAACACGUCCACGAUGAAGGUCUAAUAUGAAACAUUGCAAGUAAAUUAAAUAUGUUUUUGGAUGUUAGUGCGCAGGAGUCUGUUCAUAGCUGUUUUUAAGUUUUUCUUUCUGUUGUGUGUGGAGUUUCUUUUGUUUUUUGUUUUUUUAAUUGUCCCAAACAGCGGCCCUGAUCCCGGGUCAGAUCGAGUCUCUUUUAGUCUGGUGACAGUUUUUUGUCAUGUUGUAAAGACGCUCUGUUUUUUGUGUCACCCCCGUUUGAUCAGCUGUCCUUUAUCAAUGUGAAUCUUGUUCAUCUGGUGUGCCAGAUGUUGCUUAAGUAGCCGUAACUACGUGUCCGUGGACCAGAUUGUACUGCUGUGUGUGCAGACACGUCGCGAUUUCAUGCCUUAACAUUUACAGCCACUACUUGACAGACAACUAACUGACUCUGACGCUGGGACCGCUGGUGAUGGGGGAGAAGGACACUUCCAUGAUGCUUUAUCCUCUUCUCAUCUCACAUAUCUGAGGGGUCUUCAUCAUUUAAACAUGCUUAAAGUGACAGCUCUCACUGACAUUCCUCACAGACAUCUGAUUGAUUGAUGGGGCCAGGGAAGAGGUCCGGUCCAAAAGGAUUUUUUUUUCAGGAAGCAGGGCUGCUAACUUUCAAUUUUCCUACAGAUCUGUCAGAGGCGUCCUGUGGAUCAUUUUGUUAACAGGGUUCAGGGUUCAGUGCCUUUCUUUGAGGCAUCGUUUUUAAAAGUUUUCCUGCUUCUUGGGAAAACUCCUGCAGGACCUUCCUCUGGUUUCCACAGCGAACGAGUAACUGACUGGAAUACAACAAACGGCCUGUUCAGAUUUCCACUGACUUGUUGAAUAUCUGAUUUUGUUGAUGUGUUGUUUUGUCAGACAUGCGAGCGACUACCUGCACCGUUUUUGUAAAUGUCACUGGUGUUGUAAAAACAUAGAUUUUACUCUGCAAAUUUUACUUUUUUGCAAAUACAGUUUUUGUAAAAGA